AUGAAUGUUAUAUGCUGGAAUGCUCGGGGGUUGGGGAGCUCCCGGGCAUUCCAUGAGUUACGCCGACUUGUCUCCGGCUACUCCCCAUGUCUGUUGCUCAUCUGUGAGAGAAAGGUUAAUGCUUGUAAGGCCAACUGGUGGAGAUCUUCUUUACAUUUUGAUGGACAAUUCGUUGUAGAUUCUAAAGGCGCUAGUGGGGGCCUUAUUUUGUUUUGGAAACAUCCUUGCUCUGCUUCUAUUAGUAGUUUCUCUCAAGGACAUAUUGAUUGUGUUGUUGAAUACAAUGACGUGGUGUGGCGGUUUAUAGGUUUUUACGGCAACCCGAAAGUCCAAAACAGGAAACAUUCAUGGUCUCUUAUGAAAAAGCUCGCUUGCAGUGGUAUUAUGGAUGCUCCGUGGUUGAUGGGUGGUGAUUUCAACGAAGUUACAAAAAGUGAUGAUUGUUGUUAUUGGUGUCGACGGCCAUGGGCGCAAAUGAGCGAGUUCAAUAACGCUAUUCAGUUUUGCGGUUUUAAGUCUGUGCCAUGUGAUUCCAACUUUACAUGGUACAACCAGAGGAAGGAAGUUGACGCCCGUUUCCUGAAAUUAGAUCGUUUCCUGUGUAAUCGGUUGAUGGAAGACAAGUUCACUCUGAGCACCGUUCGUGCGCUGGAUCCACAUUGCUCAGAUCAUAAUCCGCUCUUACUAUCCUUCUCGGUUAGAGCUGAUAAUUUGGUCCCGGGGAAAGGUUUUAAAAGGUUUUUCUUUGAACAAAAAUGGCUCUUAGAUAAACAUUUUGCUGCGGAUCUCUUAACAGAGUGGGGUAUGCAUGGGGGUCAAGCCCUCCAUGACCGUCUCAAAGGCUGUCAACGUUUUCUGGAAUCUUGGGCAACACAUAACUUUGACAAGAUCUCAAAGAAGCUCAAAGCACUGAAAGAUAAGAGGGCAGCUCUUCUAAAGUAUAAAGUCAGUUCAAAGAAUUUUCAUGCUGAUUUGACAAAGCUCACGAAAGAGAUUGAGAAAUUAAUGGAGGCAGACGAACUUCACUGGAAAUAA